CCGGAAGUUAAGGUUCUCCCCUCCCCCUAGUCCCGCCCCCAUACCAAAUAUUUUCCCCACAGUGGUUCCCUAGGCAGCCGUGGAACUUACACCCUGCGCCUCAAGCCUAGAGAGACAAGGCCAGGAAAAAAUGGAAGAGCCUCACCAAAUGAACUCACUGGGGCUACAUUGCUGCUUCUACAGGGAGCCUGGAGUCCCAGGGAUGGCCUUUGAGAGGGACAGACUCCCAGCCCAGAUAUUGGGAAGUAGUGGGACCCCUUUUCAUGGAACUUCUUCUGCCCCUCUUCCCCAUCCUGACUUGGAGGUGGUGACAUUCAAGGAUGUGGCUGUGAACUUCACCAGGGAGGAGUGGCGCCUCUUGACCCCUCCCCAGAAGAGGCUAUUCAAGGAGGUGAUGCUGGAGAAUGCCCAGAACCUGCUCUCUGUGGGGCUUCCAGGUCCCCCAGAAGAAGUGAUUUCUUAUUUGGAGCAGAGGGAAGCCCCAUGGAUGCUGGAGCAAGAAGACCCAAGGAGCCCAGAAGGAGAGAUCAGACUUGAAUUGAAGGCGAAUCCAAAAGAAGUGAGCCUUCCUGUGGAAGAAAUGGGCCUGCAGAUAUUCAUUCGUGAUGGUCCUGAUAACUUUGUUUUCAGAAAAUUCUGUGUUGCACCUCAAAAUUCAUCUCAUAUUAAAUAUCAAAGAAUGCACACUGAGGAAAAAUCUAAGGAAAAUAAUCAAUAUGGAAAGACUUCUAUGCACAGGGAUAGUCAUGCUACACAUCAGAGAAUCCAUUCUGGUAUGAGACCUUAUGAAUGCAAGGAAUGUAAAAAGACAUUCCGUCGGAGCUCCUCUCUUACUAUACAUCAGAGAAUUCACACUGGGGAGAAACCUUAUGAAUGCAAGCUAUGUGGAAAGACAUUCAGCUGGAUCUCCAGUCUUUCUGUACAUCAGAGUAUCCACAAUGACAAGAAACCUCAUGAAUGCAAGCAAUGUGGAAAGACUUUCAAAGAAAGUGCCAAACUUGCUGUACAUCAGAGAGUUCACACUGGGGAGAAACCAUAUGAAUGCAAGCAGUGUGGAAAGACAUUCAAAGAAAAGUACAAACUUGUUGUACAUGAGAGAGUCCACACUGGGGAUAAACCUUAUGAAUGCCAGCAGUGUGGAAAGACAUUUACAGAUAACUCCUAUCUUGCUGUACAUCAGAGAAUCCACACUGGGGACAAACCUUAUAAAUGCAAACAAUGUGGAAAGACAUUCCGUCAGAGCUCCUGUCUUGUUGGACAUCAGAGAAUCCACACUGGGGAGAAACCUUAUGAAUGUAAUCAAUGUGGAAAGACAUUCAGUCAGAGCUCCCAUCUUGUUAGACAUCAGAGAGUACACACUGGGGAGAAACCUUUUGAAUGCAAUCAGUGUGGGAAAAAAUUCAGUCGGAGGUCCCUUCUGGAUGUUCAUCAGAGAAUCCACACUGGGGAGAAACCUUAUGAGUGCAAUCAGUGUGGAAAGACAUUCAAAGAAAAGUCUGUACUUGCUGUACAUCAGAGAGUCCACACUGGGGAGAAACCUUAUGAAUGCAAGGAGUGUGGAAAGAUAUUUAGUCGGAGCUCCAAUCUUACUGUACAUCAGAGAAUCCACACUGGAGAGGAACCAUAUGAAUGCAAGGAUUGUGGAAAAACAUUCAAAGAAAGGUCCAAACUUGCUCUACAUCAGAGAGUCCACACUGGGGAGAAAAGUUAUGAAUGCAAGCAGUGUGGAAAGACAUUCAGUCAGAGGUCCCAACUUGCUGUACAUCAGAGAAUCCACACUGGGGACAAACUUUAUGAAUGUAAGGAUUGUGGAAAAACAUUCAAAGAAAAGUCCAAAUUUGCUGUACAUCAGCGAGUCCACGCUGGGGACAAACCUUAUGAAUGCAAUCAGUGUGGAAAAAUAUUCAAGGAAAAGUCCAAUCUUGCUGGACAUCAGAGAAUCCAUACUGGGUACAAACUUCAUAAAUGUAAGGAGUGUGGAAAGGCAUUUAGUCGGAGCUCCAAUCUUACUGCACAUCAGAGAAUCCACACUGGGGAGAAACCUUAUGAAUGCAAUCAGUGUGGACAGACUUUCAGACUGAGCUCCAGUCUUGCUGUACAUCAGAGUAUCCACAAUGACAAGAAACCUCAUGAAUGCAAGCAAUGUGGAAAGACUUUCAAAGAAAGUGCCAAACUUGCUGUACAUCAGAGAGCCCACACUGGGGAGAAACCUUAUGAAUGCAAGUAAUGUGGAAAAACAUUCAAGGAAAGGUCCAAACUUGCUGUAUAUCAGAGAAUCCACACUGGGGAGAAAACUUAUGAAUGCAAGGAGUGUGGAAAGACAUUUAGUCGGAGCCCCAGUCUUGCUGAACAUCAGAGAAUACACACUGUCAAGGAACCUUAUGAAUGUGGAAAGACAAAGAAAGGUUCAACCUUGCUGUACAUCAGAGAAUUCACACUGUGGAGAAACUUUAUGAAUGCAAAUAAUUUGGAAAGACUUUCACAUUGAGCUCCCUUCUUGGUGUACAUCAGAGAAUCAACAUUGGGGAGGAAACUUAAGAAUAUAAGCUAUGUGGAAAAAUGUUAACAUGCAGUUCCAGUCUUGCUAUUGUAUGAAAGAAAUUGACCCUCCCCCCUUUCUGCAGCAAAAUACCUGGUGUGAGCCUGAAUUUGACUCAGAGGUGAGGCUUGUAUGAUGGAAACCAUUGAGUGAGGAUAGAAUGGCAGCAGGAAAAAGGCAGCAGUAAUGUCAAGAGAUCAUGAGAUUGGGGAACAGCUGGGUAGCUCAAUGCUCAAUGGAUUGAGAGCCAGGCCUAAAGAUGGGAGGUCCUAGGUUCAAGUCUGGCCUCAGACACUUCUCAGCUGUGUGACCCUGAUCAAGUCACUUAGCCCCCCCCUUGCCUAGCCCUUACCUACUGCCUUGGAGUCAAUUCACAGUAUUGAUUCCAAGAUGGAAGGUAAGGGUUUUAAAAAAAGAGAGAGAUCAUGAGAUUGGGGACAGGGUGAUGUCCCCUGGGUUGCCCUCUGAGUGGCCCAGGCAAAAUAGAAAGCCACAGUUGGCUCCUCAGAUGACAUUUAUGAGAGUUAGUGGUCGGAGAAAAAGGUUUAAUAAACUGAGGCAAGAGUUAUCUGAGCUCUUUUUCAUUUUUUUUUUUUGCUGGUUGGACUUCCCUGUGAGCUUGGCUAGAGUGCCCUAAUGGUGGCCAUAGAAUAAGCAAACUAAAUGGAGCAGUGAGGAAAGUAUAUCUCUCCUAUUUUUCCAUCUUCCCCCCUACUACCUUAGAUUAAAAGAAAUUAAUUUAGAGUCAGUCACAUAAUUUCCCCUUGUAUACUAUACAUCACAGACAUUCACACUGAGCUCUUACCUUGCUCAAAAUCAGACAGUUCAUUCUAGUAUGUCAUAAGCUCUCCUAUGAUUAGGUCCAAAUGUACAUAUAAUUUAGAACUAACAUGUGAUCCCAGAAUAAGAUUAAGGGAGCAUAGAAUAGUUUACCUUUCAGAUCAACUUAUUGAUAAGGAAAGAAUUUAUGACCAAAUAAGAAAUAGAUAACAUUAUGAGGUGUACAAUACAUAACUUUUAUUAAAUUAAAUUCAAAACUUUUUGUACAAACAAAACUAAUGCAACCUUAAAAGUGGAAACAAGAAGUUAUCAUUUGCUUUACAACAAUAUGUCUAAUUAAAUACUUGUUUUUAAAAAUUCUAACUUAUUAUCAAAUACCUUAAUUCAUCAUUUCAUGGCAUCUGGAUGUAAAGAGGAGUUAAUUUAAGAAGGAAAUAAUGUCUUUGCUCUAUGGAAAUCAUUUGUAAUUAGCAUCAUUUCCUAUAUAUGGCUUUACCAAAAAUUCCUCUAAAGCAAAAAUUAAAAAGUAACAAAUGAUAUUGUAGAUUUCAAAUAUGAAAUAAAAUUAUUGACAUUCUAAUGACUUCUAUUCAAUUGAAUGUUUUGUCAAAAUAAUUAUCUUACAUAGAAAAUCAUUAUGCAUCUAUCAGUUUGACACUGGACUGAUUGCUUUCAGAGGCCAGUGUAACAUAACUGAUACAAUUACACUCAUUUCUACAAUUUCUAAACCUAUCACAUGUCAAAUCUUAAGCCUAUUUUGCAUUAAGGUCUGUGCUACAUAUGUGACAAAAAUUUAUCACACCAGUACAGAAUUCCAAGCUAAGUAGGUUUGUUGGGAGGAGGCCACACUCCCAAUAAAGGUGGGCCUUCACCAAGAUUAAGAGCAGAGACCCUGAGCCCAAUAGCCUUUUUCAUGCCAUGAAAUCUGAUGAGGUAGUGACAUAAAAUACAGUCACAAUGAAAAUAGAAUGCAUGUAAAAUCCUUCAUAUGGGCAUCUUAAUGAUGUAAAUGCUGAUUAAUCUGAUAAGUGUAAAAAAGAUCACUAUGGGUGGUAACUUUACAGUACUCAGUAAGGGUCUUGGUGUUUUCACUGAUGAUUAUGGUAGAAUAGUAGGAGUUAGCAGUUUUGGUUAACAGAUAUGUGAAAACAAGAGUAGCCCUCCACCUCCUGUGUGACUUAUCUUGUUCUACAAACAAGACCAUCCUUCUUCUUUUUGUCUGACCAUCUUGUUAUACACCCAGAAGGAGUGUGGUAGGAUUUAUGGAAUCUCCUGGGUGUUACGGACUAAGGUCAGGAUAUAAAUAAAAUUUUAUAGCAUCCCAAACUGUAAUAUUCUUAGCUAAUAUUUAUAAUUUUUAUUAAGCAAACUAUAUUAUUUGACUAUGAACUCAAAACUGAUGAUUGUGUUAUAAAAAUAAUCAUGAAGGCUAAUACUAUUAUAAUUAUAAAAGGGGUAGGGGAUGUCACAUUCAUACAUACAAGGUCAAAUAUAAUUAUCCUAAUAGGAAAAACAGAUGUGGAUUGAAGUGCUACUACAUUAUAUUUUUUUAAGACAGUCCCAUCAAAUCUAUAUUCAUUGUUAUAAAUGGUAUCCUACAGAAUCUUUUCUCAAGAGAAAAGCUGUCAGCACCUCAAAUGAUAGGAACCUGUACUUUCAGAUUAGUCUGCUACCCGGGAUUUAUGGAUAUCUACCUGCUCAGUAGGAGGGUCUGAGCCCUGGACAUGAAGGAGGGAAAGAGGCAGGUGUUGAGAUGGGGAAAGUGGAGCCCCACAGAUGAGCAUAGGUAGUGCCCCAGGUACAAUUCAAGUUCUAGGGAAGAAUUGAAAGCUUGAGGAAGAAUGGGAUUUAGCACCCUCAAAAGGAAAGCUCUUAAGAGUUUUAGGGACUAAGAAACUUACCAAAAAGAGAUGCUACCUGAAAAGACUGACUCCAAGAGGUCAAGGUGAGCAUAUUCUAAACAGUGGAGACAACAACGGGAAAGGCAGAGUUACAAGAUGGAGGCUCUUAACCAAGAAUCAUCCAAGAGUCCAGUAUCACUGUCAGAGACUGAGUAGUGAGCAGUUCUUGUGGGAGAAACACACCCACAUUUAAAGAAUCUCAGACAAGAAUGGGAGACUCAAAUUCCAUUCAAUUUGUAAGAAAAGAAUUUUACUUGAAGAAGUAGUUUAUGGUUGUAUAAUAACUAGUGGAAUAGUCUGUAAGCUAAUCAUAUUCAUUGUAUAGCCUUAGGACUGAUGGACAAGGCCAGGGGUUAGUAGAAUAGCCUCUUUACAGCUGAUUGUAUAAAGUAGCAACUCUGUUUUACAGUGUUAGUUUCUUUCUUUUUUUUUUUAAACCCUUACCUUCUGUCUUAGAACCAAUACUGUGUAUUGGCUCCAAGGCAGAAGAGUGGUAAGGGCUAGGCAAUGGGGGUUAAGUGACUUGCCCAGGGUCACACAGCUAGGAAAUGUCUGAGGCCAGAUUUGAACCUAGGACCUCCCAUCUCUAGACUUGGCUCUCAACCACUGAGCUACCCAGCUGCCCCCUACAGUGUUAGUUUCAUGUAUGGAGUAGCAACUACAACUGUAGAAUAGCAGCUUCUCAGCUCUGUGGAUUAGGGUUGGCAUAUUUAUUAGGGCCAGGGAGCUUGUCAUCUCCCAUUCCAAAGAAAUCUUCACUUUAACUGAAAACCCUGAACAGUGGACAUGGCCAAAUUCAGGUGCAAGUGUGUUUUAGGGUGUGAUGUCAUUGGGAAUAAGGAACAUGUGCAAAUUUGGGGGAUUCUUCUGGAAUGGCAGAGUUCCCAGUAUGCAGGCCCCUUGUUCCACAGUGUCCGCCUUGUGAUCAUUGGUCAAUGAGGGAGAGGUCCCCCUGUCCUUCUGGAAUGAGAACAUGGGGUGGGGGAUGUGGUACAAUGGAGGACUGUUAUAGGUAGUUAAUGAUGUUACAGUUCCAAGAAUAAUGAGUACUUAAGAAAACCAAUUAGGCAUAAAACUGAUGCCCAGGAAGGAAUAUUACAGAAUAUUAUAGAUAAAUGGAGAUUUUUAACCUUUGACUUCAUUCCCCAGAAGUUUUCAGGUUUUUUUAAUUACAAAAUAAUUUCAUUGGUUACUGGAAAAGGGACUCCAUUAUCCACCUACAUGUAUGGGAAUCCACAUAUAUUUUUGAAAACAAAGAUCCUAUGAUUUAAAAACACUACUAUUAAAGAUUUAAAUUUAAUUUUUGAGUUAACCUGUCUCAUCAUACAUACACCUUUUCUCCUGUUACAAGUUGCAUGUUACCUCUCCUUUUUUCUACUGCAGUAAAAAGGAUUCUCAGAGAGCACUAAAAAAAUUCCAUCAUCAGUAGGAUUAUACUAAAUUUAAACACACUUUAAGAUAGGACAGGAUAAUUUUUCACCACUAUAAUGACAUGUACAUAAAUAAAGCUUCUAUACAGCAAAGUUAAUAAGAACCUUACAUUUAUUUGAGGUAAAUAUGUGAACAUGCAAGCAACCUGUUUCCAAAGUAUGAUAAUGAUUGGAAUUGGAGCAUUAUUGAUUAUGGGUGAAAAUGUUUGUCCUUUAAGAAGAAAGUAACCACAUAUAUUUUACCUUGUCUUUAUUGGUAUGUGAUGCUUAGUCUAUGCAUGUAUAUUUCUAAACAAGACCGUUUCCCCUGCAUUUCUGAGAUUCUGAUUGACCUAUAAUUAAAUGUCAAAAGUAUAAUUUAGCUAUUUACUAGGGAUGUAUAAUCUAAAUUUUUUAAGUUAAAGGUUGGGACCUUUAGGACACAUCCUCACCAUGACUCCUACUCCAACAACAAGCUACACAACAUACCCCAUCAGGAAGGCAAUGAAGAGAAUGCAGAUACAGAGAAACUGUGUUAAGACAACAGCCCAGAAUGAUCUACGAACUUGGGAAUAAAUCAAGCCCCAAGCACAAGCAGGAAUUUUCACCUCCUGAUUGCAUUGCUGCCUUCAAAUGACUCUGACUUUCUUGGUGGUUUUACAGAAGCGUAUGUUAUCCCCCAUGACUCCUAAAAUCUCUUGUUCAGGAUGUAUUUUAGCCAAUUGUUCUAAUUCCUUCACUGUAUUUGUUGUUGAACAAUAGGCAUCUAUACCCCAUAAUUAGUCUCCCAAAAUUAGUAGAAUAGCCUCUUUACAGCUGAUUGUAUAGAGUAGCAACUCUGUUUUACAGUGUUAGUUUCUUUUUUUUUAAACCCUUACCUUCCGUCUAGGAAUCAAUACUCUGUAUUGGCUCCAAGGCAGAAGAGUGGUAAGGGCUAGGCAAUGGGGGUUAGGUGAUCUGCCCCGGGUCACACAGCUGGGAAGUGUCUGAGGCCAGAUUUGAACCUAGGACCUCUGUCUCUAGGCCUGGCUCUCAAUCCACUGAGCUAUCCAGCUGCCCACUUUAAGCUUACAUCCCUAACAACCUCCACUGUAGCCAUUGCUCAAAAAGUCUACACUGCACAACAUGUAGACAAUCUUUCUAAGAAUGUUUCACUUGCCCUCUUAACCAAGAACACAUAGAUAAGGGGUUAGAGGUUCAUUUAAAUGUCCUAGAAGUGGCCAUUCUUUAUAUUGGCAAUCAGUUAUAAAAUAUGAAAGUGAGAUUUAAAUCAAAGUGCCAUGCUGAGUACAAAUGGAUUUGUGUUUCUCCCCUUUCUUAUAAUCAGUCAGAUAUUCCUUUGGAGAACAUACAACAACACAUCUUUGGAAUCUGGAACCAUUUAGAAUUCUCUAUUGACCUGAAAACACUGCACAAACAAAUUAUGAAUAUUAGCCAUUCCAGUACUUCCCUGUAUUUGGCCUCAUCUAUUGCAAAAUCAUUUAAGACAGUGUUUCUUUCUAUAUAUCCCAUAACAGUCUCAUUCACACCCUUAUUGCCUGUGGAUUUGCUCUUGUCUUAUUUUUCUCAUUCUUGUUUUCUUUCCAAUUAUCAUCCGACGCCAAGGAUCCACCAUAUGUCAAGUCCAAAUCGAGAUGAAGUUGUUUACUUUAAAAAACAAAAAGGGAGGAGAUGCCGGAGGCCAUCAUACCCCAAAUAGUUGAUGAGGUCACAGUCUGAGGAAGGAAGAUCAGCAAAGCAGACUCCAGAAUGAGGGCCCCCUGUUGAUCCCCCUCUGUGACUUCUCUCCCCAAAUUUUCCCUAGUAAUGGACUUGUUAUGAUUAUUAUUCUCUCCCCAACACAGGAGAAAUAAUAUGAGAGCAAAUACUUAUAGGAUCAAUAAAUAUAUAUAUACCCUACUUUAAGCCCCCUAGGUUAUUACCCCAAAAAUAUUGCAAUUACAGAAUUAAAGCCUACAGAUUACUGCCCAUGACCCCUCCUUUCUCAAGCACAAGACACACUCCAAGGUCCUAUAAUAAACACUGGCCAAAAGCUUUAGUUACCACACUCCAAUGAAUUUGUUGAAACAGAAAUCAAGCAGCAUUGCUAGGCACUUCAAAGUAACACAAGAAAAACAGAACUUGUAAAUUGAAGAAAACCCCCAAACUGGUCUGCUUUAAGUACUCACACCUAGAUACGAAGAUGUUUUGUUGUUUAUCUCCCAAGCAAUUAUGAUUGAUAGUGAAAGCUGAUCAAAAGCACAAUGAUCCCCUCAGCAGGUCAAAGGGUACUAACCAAAUGACUUUAUUCACAUUAAUCAAAGCUAUCACAGAGUGUUGUAGAAACCUAGUAAAUGAUCACAGAAUCCUUUGUUGUAGUAACAUCACAAGAGUGUUGUUUAUGUGAUUUGAUAAUAUCCAAUCAAGUUGUAGAAUGUCACAUAUGUAGAAGAUUGAUUGACUGCAUAACAGUCAUCAUCCAUAGCUAGGCUCUACCCUAUAUCAAGCCCAAGAUGAAUUGAAGUCACUCCAUUUAAAAAACAAAAAAAGGGGGAGAUGCCGGGAGCCAUCAAAGACCAUGCUGUUUGACAUGGUCCAUGUGGAAUCUGAGGACUGCAAUGCAGCCCCCAGGAAGGAUGGAAACUGAAACCCCCCUAAGUGACUUUCAUUAUUAGCAUCCCCUUAUUAUUAGAAUUGUUGUAAUUAUUAUUCUUACUUAGUCCCAGGAAAAAUAGAUGAGAGCAACAUGCUUGCAGAGUUAAUAUAGAUGUCCCACUCUGCCCUCCCAGGAUAUUGCCAGGAGAGCCCACUUACAAAAUUAAACCUAAGGAUUCUUAUAUAUAUCCACUUAUAUAAGACCCUCUUUUCUAGGCAUAAAAAUUUCUGGCAAAUCUGUGUUCUGAAUUCCCUAACCUAUAUUUGGGUCAUGUUGAUUCUACCCACUGAUCCUGCCCUUAGCAACAAUAUUUCAUUGACUGUCUCCUUAGGCUUCCUGUCUAUUGUUAGCUUCCAUGGAAACAUGUAUGUUGAGAAUGAAACUGUGUGCCAAGUAGAUGUGUGAUCAUGAAGUUAUAAAAUAAAGCCAGGCCUCAGCCAAGGUGGAGCAGUUUAUCCUGUGGAACCUGUGCUGUGGGCUGAAUGCGAAAA